UAACUUUCUCAAAAAGUAUGGCACACAAUCCACCUAGAAUAGAAAUAUACAAGUCACCAGAGGGGAAGCUAGGCAUUGGAGCAUAUGGAGCUGUGUACAGAGCAAAAUUAAAUGAGCUACCAUGUGCGGCUAAAAUCCUCCACCCUAUUCUUUUGGAAACCAAUGAUCCAAGCGGACAAAAAAUCGUGGAGAGAUUCUAUCAAGAAUGUGAGCUCAUGAGAAACAUAACACACCCCAACAUAGUCCAGUACCUAGAUGUCACCAUGGACCCCGACUCAGGCCUACCCGUCUUGUUAAUGGAGCUACUCGAUGAAAGCCUCACUAACUAUUUCGACAGAGUCCAGAGGCCCCCUCCUUACCACACCCAGGUGAACUUGAGUCACGAUAUAGCACUGGCCAUUGCACACCUUCACUCCAAAGGCAUUGUCCACAGAGACCUCUCCAGCAACAACGUGCUGCUCAUUGCAGGCUCUAAGGCAAAGGUGUCCGACUUCGGAAUGUCCAAACUACUCAAUGUUAGUGGAAACUUUUCUCGCCACUCUCUCACACAAUUACCCGGCACACAAGCCUUCAUGCCACCCGAAGCUUUCUUUGAGCCUCCUAAUUACUCGAGCAUGAUUGACUGUUUCUCCGUUGGCCCUCUGAUCAUCCAGCUGAUAACAGCAAAGUUUCCUGAUCCAGGACCACGCUUCACCAUGGUACCCGAUGAGCGCUCACCCGUAGGAACCACUCAAAUGCCCGUCUUGGAGGAAAACCGCCGAAUGAACCACAUAGCCCUGAUCAAUCCGUCCCACUCUCUCCUGCCAAUAGCCAGACAAUGUCUCGAGUACCAACCAGACGUGAGGAUAACAGCUCAGCAGCUGUGUCGCCAGGUGGCUCAACUCAAAGAGCAACAGGUGUACAUAGAGAGCAAAGAACUACCAGUACACGGAGAUAUUGAGAAUGAAUUUCAAAGUGCAUUAGCUGCAAAACAGAAUCAAAUUGAGCGAUUACAACAACACCUUCACGACGAAACACAACAUAAAGAGGAGAUCAUUGAGCAGCUAAAACGAAAACAGAGCGAGCUAUCAGAAAAAGAAACACAAGUCGAGACACUAGCUCUAGCAAUAUCAAACAAGACAUCUGAGCUAUCGAAAAAAGAAGCAGAACUAUUGGAAAAAGAAAAUAUAAGUCAGCAGUUUCAAGAGAGGUUAGCAAAGGCUACGGAAACCAUAAAAGAACGAGAGAAAAAUAUUGACAAUCUUACGGAGGAGCUAAGAGAAACUGAACCAAAAAAACAGAGCUUAGAAACGCCCGAAAUAUGUCCAGAGUCUGACCAAGUGCCACUAGAGUCCAUUGUCCCACUAAAAUGGAGAAGAGGAGCGAACGCAAUCUGCAAAAUGUAUCAUGGGUCAACAGCAGUAGACGGCAGUUUAGUGUACUUCAAAAAUGGACAGAACAAGUACAUUUACCAAUACAACAUAGACCUAGAAACUUGGCAAAAAAUUCAAAAUUGCCCAAGAUACGGAUUCUCACUAGCGCUAAUUGGAGGGGUUCUAACAGCUGUGGGGGGCACUGAUGCAUACGCAAAAGAAACAAACACGCUUUUAAGCUUUGUUUACGAGAAUGGCAGUACAAAAUGGACGGAAAAAUACCCGGCAAUGCCAACUAAACGCACCAACACAACUGCAGUAGCUAACGGUCACCUUCUUAUAGUCAUAGGAGGAGUGGUGGAUGGAAAACAUCAAAUCUCAACAGUUGAACUGUUGGACUUACCGAAAGGUCAAUGGUACAAGGCGUGUGAUCUCCCCCACAUUGUGUACCAGCCCUCAGCGACAAUUUGUGGAGACAGCAUCUACUUGACUGGCUGGAAAGACCCCGAGAACCAUCCCUCCACCGGAGUACUGACAGCGUCCCUGACUAUGCUAAGAGAGCACGCUACACUACAUUCCUUUGGAGGUUGGCUUUCGUCCCUAACCGGACCUAGACAACCACCAUUCGAGCUGAUAUGGGGGAAGCUAGCCGAACUGCCUGUAAUAGAUUCUACUUGUGCAACAAUCAAUGGCGACCAACUACUGGCUAUUGGUGGAGAAACAACCGACACCAAGCAAUAUACAAGUGCUGUCUACCACUACGACGUGAUGAAUAAUAUGUGGGUGAAGAUAUCUGAUAUGAUAAGAGGUCGAUCGAGUUGCCUUGUUGCCGUGGUAUCAACAAACAAAGUGAUUGUAGUGGGAGGGUUCACAGGUCCGGGGAUAUUCACAGAUGCAGUAGACAUUGGGUGCUUUAAUUGAGUUUCCGCUUCACAUUAUUAUUUUUACAUACAUGUACACUUCUUUAUACUAUAAUUAGGUACCAGUUUCACAAUAAUCAUAUAAUUAUAAUAAUAUUUCAUGAAAUGCA